AUGGCCUUGUUGUAUGAUUCAAAGUUGUUAAUUGAGGAAUUACGUACUAAAUAUCUGGAAAAUAUCAAUGAUAGUAUUGGUGAGAGGGUAAUUGGCGGGAUAAAUGCGGUAUCAAACAAGAAAAAACGGGUUGGACUGAGUGAAAAUGGGGUUGAUCAUGGAAAAGUUGUUUCAUUUUAUCUUUCAGAAGAGGAUUCAAUGUCAAGUUUUAGAGAGGAGGAGGUUUUUGAUGAGGAGAGAUCGAUUGAUAUAGUUUCCCAAGGAUGUGAUAUAGAAAGAUCAGUUAAACGAAAACAGCGGUAUGCGAAUGAAUCGUUCUCAGUUUUAUCGGAAAAGAAUGCGUCAAAUAUUGGGGAUAGUGAUUCAGAUGAUUUGGAGCUGUGUUUUUUGAAAUAUUUAUCUAAGGAAAAGGUUAAAGUUAAGUCUAAAAGUAUGGAUGUGUUCAGAAGAAGUUCAAGAGGAGAUUUAAUGACAAUGAUGAAGAAUCAAUGUUUAAUUUCUGGAUCUGAAAGUAAACAUUCGAGUACACAAUAUAAGGCUCAAUCAAGAGAAUCGUUAGAAAGUAUAUAUCGAAACGAUACGAGUUAUAAUUCAUAUUUAAAUUCUAUGGAAGAAGGAUCUUUAAAUUUUUCUAGAAAAGUAUACCCAUUUUGCCGAUCGCCAUCUGAUGAGAGAUUAUCAUUGUUGACUAUUUUGAUAAAAACGGGAACAAAGAUACAAACGAAUCCUCUUGCUGAUAUAUUUGCAUGUUUUUCAGGGAAAGGUGAUCUUAAUCCUUUAAAGCUGAAGAUAUAUCGUCCGUCGGGGAAAGAUCCUAAAAGACCUUUUUCUGUUGUUAUAAAACGAAUUGCUACAGUUUCUGAUGUAAUUGGUUUUUCUUUGUAUUGUUAUAUAGAGCAGAAGAUAGAACCAAGGCUUACUAGUGAUCAAUUGAAUCCAAACAUGUGGACUUUACGCAUUGUAGAGGAAGAUGGUGAAUUGGAUCAUGAUUUUCCAGCAUUAGAUAGAGUAAGAUUUUUAUCAAAAUUUGGUUUUGAUGAAUUUGCUCUUGUUGAAGCAACAUCUGCACAAUUUUUAGAGAACGAAAAAAUAACUCCAUUUAACUUUAAAAUUAAUGUUGAUCAUUUUAAUUCUUAA